GGUCCCAUCCUUAACUAUAGGAAGGGACAAUACAAAGUUCUUAGAUUUGAGUACUUCUUGUAUGCUGGCAAGAUUAGAAAGGUCUGGCAAUAGUGGAGAAAUCCACUCUCUUAGAAUUUCCCCUGUGUAG